GCUCCCUUGUAAUGGAUUCUCCUGAACAUGUACGAGAUAAUGUAAAACGGGACAUGGAGGAUAAGUCAGAAGGGAGGAGUGAUAGGGCCAGAGAUGAUGCAGAACGAGAGGGAGAUGAUAAGAGGAAGCACAAGUCAAGCAAGUCAAGAAAACCUGAGAAUGGAGAUGAAGCUGAAGGGAUUGAUAGCAGUGGAAAGAGAAGUACUGGCAAUAGAAAUGAGAGCCGAAAAAAGUCAAGUGGCUCAAGCAGAACAGGUAGUGAGGAAGAUGAUUGUGAAGAAAGAAAGGAGUAUUUUACGCAGAUGAAGAGGAAACAAGAGGAGAGUUCGUUGGAAAAAUUAAGCAAUUGGUAUCAAGAUGGAGAAUUUGAGAAUAAGCAUGACGGUGGAGACAAGUCUGGUAGUAGAGAUCAUGGUAGAGCAGAUGAAAGUGAAAGAAGGAAGUCAAGUUCAAAGUUCUCAGAUCAUGAAGUUUCCCAGGGCAGAUUUAUAGGAAGAGAUGAAAGAGCAGAUGAUGGAGAGCUUGAGAAGGUGCCGGAUACAGAUUCAAGAUAUCCGGAAAGGAGGGAGAGGGGCCGAGAUAUGGGUCAUGGAUCUUCUGAGCAGGGGAGAAACCCGAGGAGAAGAUGGGAGGAAACAGAUACUCUCAGGAAAGCUGAAGAAAGCAGCUACACAGAAAAAUCUGAUCCAAGAAGUGAGAAGUUUUCUGAUCCUAAGGAUGCGAGUCCUAGAGAGAGAAGUGUGUCUGACAAGGGUAUGAAAUUUUCUGACAGCGAAGAAAGAAGAGCUGAUUCGGAGAGGAGCAAGACCAAAGGCAGGCCUGAAGCUCCAGAAGAAGACAGUAGGGGAAGUACUUUGGCUCGUGAAGAUAGAGGUAAGGAGCGAAUUGAGAGGCAUAGACAGCAGACAAAUCCCACUAGUCGGGAUGUUGCUGAAAGUCAUGAAAGGUCUUUCAACACAGAUGAGGAUGGUGACACAGGGAUGAGAGAUAAAAGUAGAAAAGAAAUAGAAUGUUCUAAUAGGUCCAGGUCCCCUGACAGGAGUGUGAGGCGUCAUCAUGAAUUAGAAAACUUGGAUAUGGAUUAUGAAAGAAGCACUACUUUCAAGCGGAAGGAAACAGAACAAGAAAGUUACAGGGAUGAUAGGUCAAGAGGAAGAGAUGAUGGUUGGAGUGACAGGAAUAGAGAUCGAGACGGUUCCAGAGAUAAUUGGAAAAGAAGGCAACCCGGCAGUUAUGAUAGGGAAACAAAAGAUGGGGAUGCGGUUUAUGAUUACGGCAGAGAGUGGGAGCUGCAGAGACAUGUUCGUGAGAGAAGUGACAGAGAAAGGCCUCAGGGUCGUUCUGGUGGUAGGAAAGAUAAUAGGACUGAAGCUGUGAAGACCUCAUCGAAUUAUGGAAUUACAAGUGAGAAUUAUGAUGUUAUCGAGAUCCAAACCAAGCCCUUUGAUUAUGGAAGAGAUUCUGGAUCCACCUUUGGUAGGAAAACUGAAGUUGGUCAGCAAUCUGAAAUUCCACCGGCACAAAAAGAUGAGGAGUGGGCAUAUCCACCAGAAGACAGAGAAAGAAAAAAUGAUAUGUAUGGAUCUGGGCUGCCUGGUGAUGAAUCAAAAGAUAGAUUUAUGGAUGAUGGUCCUCCCAUGCAAGAUCAGAAUUCAUGGAGGGAUGACACUGGCUUUCAGGGAGGGCGAGGAAGAGGCCAGAAAAGUUUUAUGCCCAAUCGCACUUCUGUUGGCCAAAGUUCUAGUGGUGGUUCUCAGCUUCCAUAUGGAAAUCAGGAGCUAGGUUCUUAUGGUAGAGCUGUUCCACAGGGGAAUAAAGUGAAUAGAAUUGGGAGAGGAGGAAGGGGUAGGCCUAAUGGGAGAGACAACCAGCAGGUUGGUCUCCCAGUACCCAUGAUGGGAUCACCUUUUGGACCACUUGGAAUGCCCCCACCUGGACCAAUGCAACCAUUAACUCCUAGCAUGUCUCCUGCUCCAGGUCCUCCUAUUUCCCCCAGUGUCUUUAUUCCACCAUUUUCACCACCUGUUGUUUGGCCCGGAGCUCGGGGUAUUGACAUGAAUAUGUUGGCUAUUCCACCCGGUCUCUCAGCUGUUCCUCCUGGGCCAUCGGGACCAAGAUUUGCUUCUAAUAUUGGGACUCCACCUAAUACUGCCAUGUAUUUCAAUCAACCCGGCCCUGGAAGAGGAGAACCUCUGAACAUAUCUGGCCCCAAUUUUAAUGCCAUAGCACCAGCGGGGCGAGGACAGCCCCAAGACAAAGCCAUUGGUGGUUGGGCUCCUCCUAGAAAUGGACCACCUGGUAAAGCUCCUUCCAGAGGAGAGCAGAAUGAUUACUCCCAAAAUUUUGUUGACACUGGGAUGCGACCCCAGAAUUUCAUCAGGGAACUAGAGCUCACUAAUGUUGUGGAGGACUACCCUAAGCUUCGGGAGCUUAUACAAAGAAAGGAUGAAAUUGUUGCCAAAUCCGCUUCUCCUCCCAUGUACUACAAGUGUGAUCUGCGCGAGUUUGGGCUGGUUCCGGAGUUCUUUGGAAGUAAGUUUGAUGUCAUCCUUGUGGAUCCCCCAUGGGAGGAAUAUGUUCAUCGAGCACCUGGGGUUACUGACCAUAUGGAGUACUGGACAUUUGAAGAAAUAAUGAAUCUUAAGAUUGAGGCAAUAGCUGACACACCUUCUUUUAUAUUCCUAUGGGUUGGUGAUGGGGUUGGCCUUGAGCAGGGACGACAAUGUCUGAAGAAGUGGGGAUUCCGUAGGUGUGAGGAUAUAUGCUGGGUGAAGACCAACAAAACAAAUGCAACUCCAGGAUUGCGCCAUGAUUCUCAUACCUUGUUCCAGCGCUCAAAGGAACACUGCUUGAUGGGCAUAAAAGGAACUGUUCGUCGCAGUACUGACGGUCAUAUAAUCCAUGCCAACAUUGAUACUGAUGUGAUUAUUGCCGAGGAGCCUCCUUAUGGUUCGACAGCAAAGCCGGAAGAUAUGUACCGGAUAAUUGAGCACUUCUCCCUUGGCCGAAGGAGGCUUGAGCUCUUUGGUGAAGACCACAAUAUCCGGUCGGGCUGGUUGACUGUUGGUAAAGGACUAUCCUCAUCAAAUUUUAAUGCCGAGGCAUAUGUGAGGAGCUUCGCCGAUAAGGAAGGAAAAGUUUGGCAAGGUGGGGGAGGACGAAAUCCGCCACCUGAAGCACCUCAUCUCGUUGUCACCACCCCUGAGAUAGAGGCUCUCCGUCCCAAGUCGCCGAUGAAGAACCAGCAGCAGUCUGCUUCUAUCUCUCUGGCAACAGGCAAUUCCACCAACCAAAGGUCUUCCGGAAAUUCGCCACAGAAUCAUAUAGUACUCUCAUAGGACCCUGUAGAUUCUUCUUUGAAUCUAUUUUCCAUUAUGUUUAAAAGUCUCCAAGUUUGUCUGAACGGUAUCUCUUGCCACCCACUGAGAGAGUGAUUGAUACAAGAAGAAGAAUCAUCAAAAAGGAGAAGUUCCCAGUAGUGUUUAUUUUUGAGGUUGUAACCAGAAAAAUUUGAAAGCUCAAUGUGACGUGUCAUUGAAUGCAUCUAACUGUUGAAAAAAUUCUGGUCA